GCCUACGCUGCCCCAUUUCCGACAAUAUAUAGUAAGGACUUGAGAACAGUUACACGACUGCUCUGCACCCUCCGUUCACUACGCCUACAGCAAUAUACGAAGAAGAAACAAGCGCCGGCACCUGUCUGGAGAUGGCGGGGAACUGCACAAAUAAGUUGUCGGAGGAGGCUCUGCUACACUUCUCCGUCGUCUACAUCGUCUUCAUCUGCAUCGGCGGCAUCAUCUGUAAUGUUGUGGCGCUGUGGUGCGUGGCGCGCUGCCAACGCACCAUCACUCCCGUCAAGGUGAUCCUAGGCGCGAUCUUCUCCUGCACGCUGCUCUUGUGCCUGGUGGAGCUCCCAUUCAUGGCGCACCUCAACCUCGUCAUCCUGCGUUGCGAUAAAAUUCCAACCAUGGUCAUGGAGGGCGUCCUCAUUAGCUGCCUCGUCCUCAGCAACAUGGAACUCUUUUACAUCUCCAUAAUGGCGUUCCUCAGAGCUCGGGCGGUGUGGGCGCCGCUGCGGGGCCCCGUGACGCUGCGCAGAGCCGUCGCGGUGGUAGUGGGGGCUGGAUUCUACUUCUUGUUCGUUACUAUGGUGAGUCAGGCUUCGCAAUGGAUGGAGCUCGUCAACGUGAAUUAUGUCCUUACGAGAGUCUACUGCGUGGUGCACUUCUUCCUGCCCGUGCUCUGCACCAUCGUCUGCUACCUGUCGACCAUCGUGGCGGUGAGACGUAACAAGCGUAACCUGCCCGUCGGUCACCACACGGCGGCAGUGACGCAAGUGACGGACGAGGCGACGCGGGCCAUGCUGGCGGUGUUCCUCAGCAACCUCGUCCUCAGCUUCCCAUACUCCAUCCACUACAUCCAACCCGUUUCCUACAGCUUUACCAUCAGAGUCGUCAUUACCAUGGUCUAUUUCACGCGUCUGUUCGUCGACCCGUUGGUGUUUGUGUGUUUUAACAGACACCACCGGAGGCACGUCCUGCAGGGCCUCAAGCUAUGUCUUGGCCGCAAUCCUCGCGAAGAAGGCGAGUCACCUUACACUCAGUCGUCCUCUGCCCUAGGAGUAACGACGAGGGGCGAGGCAAAGCCUCAAGGAAAUACUUGCUGAAGAUUUUGAAGUGGAGGGAACGGAAGUAGAAGAGAACAGAGCGGGGGAGUGAAGGGAACAUUGUGGGAGGAGGGAUGGGGAGGACAGGGGAAGAGAGGAUAACAUGCGCGAAAAGAAGCCAGUAGUGAGGGGAGGGAAAGAGGCAAGACAAGGAGAAAAGAUGAAAGUGUAAAGCAGAAACAAAAGAAAUUAGAAAGAAAGCAAAUAAAAAUCAAGCUCUUAAGACACAGAAGCCUGUGAUAAAGAUGGCGACUGAACGGAACCUGUUGUCGAUUAUCUGUUCUUGAUCAAUGCAUUGGCUCUGACAUCAACUACAUGGUUGAUGAAACACAAACAAAAAAAUAGAAGAAAUAAUUCGAAAAAUGGUGAAUAUGUUAUGCUUAAACAUACAACAGAAAAGGCAGCGCCCCGUUUUGUGUGCCGGGCACUGAAAGAACACACUCACGGAGACGCAGUGAAGUGAGGCUCCGUCCCGCCCUGCGACCACAGCAACGCGGCGAUGCACGAGUCUCAGGAAAAAGAUCUAACAGCCCAGGCGGACGCUAAGGACGUUCAGCUGAACAAGCCAAGGCAAAGGGAUCGAGGCGCAGUUCUGUACAUCAUUUCUUCUGUAAGGUCGAUUUGGACUUACGGAUUAGUAUUUGACUUAGCUUCUACGUGUUUUAGGUAUGUAAGUGUUCGCGCGCUGCCAGGACUGUUUUAAAUAUUUCACAACUGAGGGUAACUAUACACAUUGUCCUCACCAUUGGUCUGUUCACACAAAGUUCCUGGUGUUCUACUAGUUUUGCUUUUAUUUUGAUCAGUGUUCGUGGCUUGCCAUUGUAGAGCCACGUCAUCACAGCUUAACUCUGACCUCCAAUUAUUGUGAUUGUGUGUAAAUUUGUAACGUGAUUAUACAGCAGGUUACGCACAGAUGGAUCUCAGCUGUGAUGGAUAGUGCACGAUUCAGCGGUAUAAUGUACGCUGGUUCAGGCUGAAAGUAAAGCUCUUGUUGGCAGUAAUGUGUAAUCCUACUGAAUAUAGGUACUGAUCAAUGUUUUGGAGACUGUGAUAGGCAGUGAUGUAUUGGUUUCACAAUUUAUGCAAAGUACAAUUGGGAUAUAAAAGGUAAAGGAAGGGAACUGCAAGAGGCCAGGAGGAUGAGAGUUAAAAUAGAGCACCAGACGGGAAAAGAAGUAAAUGAAUGUAAAAUAUCGCUUCAGAGCGGAAACAAGUAAAUAAAUAAAAUACAGGUUAUAUCAUUUACGGAAUGGGAGAUGAAUGACAGGAAUUACUUGAGGCUUGGAGGAUACUUGUGAAAAUACGGCAGUGAACGGAAAAAACGUCACGUGAUUUGGGACAUGAAAGGUAAACAAAGGGAACCGUAAGAUGGAUGAGAUGGAUGAGUGGAUGAGAUGUAAGGAUGAAAGUUGAGAUAUUGCACCAAAGAGGAAAAAGGGAAAUAAAUAAACCGGGGAAGGAUAUUUUACUUACGGAAAAUGAAAUGAAUGAAGGGAAUUACUUAUAUGAACUAACCGAUAUAUGUAAAAUUACUGCAGUGGACGAAAGCUUUUUUUUUUUUUUUUACAAAGGAGACGGCUCAAGGGCAACAAAGAGUGUAGAAUAAAAGCCCGCUACUCACCGCUCCCACAACAGACAAAAGUAAAGAGUAGCCAAGAGAGAGGUCAUUUUCGGGUGGAGAGGUGUCUUGAUACACUCUAAAUGAAAGAGGUCAAGUCAUAGGUAGGAGGAAAUGCAGACGAAGGAAGGCUGUUCCAGAGUUUACCAAUGUAAGGGAUGAAAGAGUGAAGAUGUUGGUUAGCUCUUGCAUAAGGGGUUUGGA